UUAAACUGUCACGUUCUUUCCAGCAGUUAUUGUGUAUUGUCGCUAUCUCGGGAGUUCAAACGAUGGAAUCUCAGAGACUUCUAGGUGCAGUGACUUUGAAUAAUAGCGAAAGCACCUGUACAGAUGAAGAGGAAUGGAGCGAUGGGUCAAGUUACAGUUCUUAUUACUCAGAUUCAGAUAGUACUAUACCCGAUUGGGAACCGUAUGUAGAUGACUUCACCGGGGAAUUACUUUAUAUUGAAUGCCAUCCAUUUGUUGUUCAAAACAACAAGGAAUCCAAGAGCAAGACACCCCCAGAACCUCUAGCAAGAAGCCAAUUGAGACGUAGCACCAGAGGCAAAUUCUUGAGACUUCUAAGAAGGCGUGAAAGUAAGAGACGCAGUAAGAAGAACCAAAAAUUAGUUGACGUUAAUGAACUUAACACAUCCAAAGUGAAAUUUCAGGAUUUUCAAGAGGGCGAAGAAAAAGAAGUAAUGUUAGAGAUUGAUUCUGAAAAUCGACAUAACUUGAGCAGCGACAAAUCUCUUGCAGAGUCUUUGUUAGGUUUGAUAGUAAGCACUUUGUCAGAUGGCAAUAGAGUGAUGAUAGCUGGUUUUUCAUAUGAUAGUAAAGCGAAGCAAGAGAGAAACAUCAAAAUCGGAGACUGGUUGAAAAGUAUUAAUAAUAUCGAAGUAAACGUUCAUAACUUGGACGACAUCCUUCAGAAGUUCAUAAAUAGAGAUGAUGUUCUUCUGAAACUACAGAGAGUUGCAGGUAUAGAAGUAACGAAAGAUCCCCCCAUAAAUGAGUUGAACAUCGAGUCAGAUUUCGUCAGGGAACUGCUCAAUUCUAAAUCAGACAUAGAGGACAGUUUGCUGGAAGCCUUAUGCAAAUAUUCAGCUGGUAUCGUUUAUGUUGAUACUGAGAAACUCAGUGAAACUAAUCAGAAUAACGAAGAUGUCACCUAUUGCUUUCCAAAACCUAUCCAAAAAAAUGUCCUUUGCCAAUCACGUGGAAUGUUCAUAACGUUGAACCAUUUAUUGGAGGAAAUGACUGCGACAAAACCGAAAGUGUCUUCAAUGAAAUGCAACGGACAUUCAACUCAUGUCGUCUACACGAACUUCAACAAGAACUUGCUUCUUUUUAUGUUGCCGAACUAUCGAGCUAAAAAAGAAGAAAUUAUAUUGAUGAAUAACGAAAUAAUAAGGCAUUUACAGUUCUGCUACGAAACUGUGGAUAAAAGUUUUUCUUCGGAGCAACACCUCAGUCAGAUCGAUCACUUUUUUAUGAGGUUUUUCACGAGGACUUUGAGCAGCAGGCCUUGGACAACCAUGCAAGAGUUCUCUCUACUCCAGAAUUUAGGUUUGGAAGAGGGAAGUUUUCAAUUCGAAGAAGUCAUGACGGUGGCUCAGACUUUGUGUCUGCCUGAUGAAGCACAGGUACAAAUCGAUGAUGCGCUCUCUGAAUUAGAAGCAAGUGAUUACAGAGAUUGGAAUGAAGAACCCUUGGACUGCCAACGACUCUUCACUAUAUUAGGAAGCGCACUCUUCCAUUCAGGAUAUCUGCUCGCUACACAUUUCAUUCACGAGGAUCUGAUUGACGUCUAUUGUUUUUGUAAGUUGCAAGGGCUUUUUCAUCUCUCAAGAACGGAACCUGUGAAGUCGCUGGUGCUGUGGAAAGAAGUUUUCCCAUAUUCGUGCAAUAGGCUUCAAAACUCAAACGUGAAAGUCCCAGACGGAAGGAGGUAUUUACUUGUUGUUGAGAGUGCAAAGGAUUUAUUGGCAGUAUUAAUGGAAGCAGGAGGUUGUACUGAACCAUCAGAAAAUAAUAUGGGUCCGGAUGCUUUCUACGUGGAAGAAGCACAAGCAACUUUAGCCCAUAUUCAAGAGCUGGGUCUAAGUGAAUUGUGCGAGCGACUGUUAUCUUUGGAUCCAUAUCCUCAAAUCACCAAACCUGUUCCUCUGGUCAACAGGCGUAAGAGUGAUUUCAUGAAUAUAAACUUCUCCAAGGCAGGCUCAGCAUCUGUCAAGGAUUCGUUGUCGGCGCCCAAAAAAAGCGAGGUAACAUCGAUAUUGAAGAAAAGAAGUUGUGAUCAGAAUUACGUAGCACCGUCAAGUUCUUCUAACUCUCUCCAAGAUGAUUCCUUCGAUGGCCAGUCCGAAGGCUCUGGUAGUCAGGGAGGUUAUAGUGAGAUAAGCGAUGAUUCACGGAGAAACCUUAAAAGGGGCUCGAAGUACGACUCCACUGAGGAAGACUCUGACCCUGAGGAUUAUGCUGAAGGAAGCCAGAUGAGUACAGGUAGCUAUGAUAUAUCGGAAAUACGCCAGUACAUUCUUUCGGAAACAGAAGACUUCCAGCCUCUACAACUAACUUCCGGAAAUGAAAAUGUUCUGUACCAUUUCGUUCAGUUGGACAUCGCUAAAGGAAUAUUGUUGUGUCCGCCAGAAAGUCCAGAUCCAUCUUUAACAUACUCUUUUAUAAUGGAUAAUUUCAAGAGAUGUUCUUUAAAAAUGCAUAUGCUAUUCCAAAACACCCUGAGGUUCAAGAAUAUGCCUGCACAAGAUAUGGCAAAGUCUGUGAUGAACAAAAGUCUCAUUGCAAUAAAGGAACAUGGAAUGCUUUUUAAUUGCCCUUAUUUGGAUGAGAAGGAAAAGAAAUGUAAAAUUACUUAUUGGGUUUUGGGGAGAAUUUUAUAUAUGCCACAACCUAAAGAAGUAUAUGUGUGUUAUCAAGACAGUAUUCCACAAAAUAUGAUUGAAAUUGCUUUCAAACUAUGUUCUACUAGUUUAUGCUGAUCUUUUUGUGACAAGGACAAUUGUGGAUAAUCUUAAAAAUUACACAAUGAUGUAUGUGAUGGAAUCGGCCGUUACUUGAACAAAAUCUAUAAUGUAUUCAAGAAAUACAUUUGUGUGAGAUUUUCACGAAACAGUUUUACAAAAACGCAACACGUGUUUUGUUACACAAGAGCUUCUUCAGGCGUGUCUAGACUAUCUUAGGUAUUCUACUACAAGAAACAGUUGCGUUUUUGUAAAACUGUUUCGCAAAAAACUCACAAUGAAGUGUUUCUUGAACACAAUGAUGUAGUAACAAUGUAUUGUAUUUGAUAUUGAAAUGUGACUAUUAUCUAGUUUUAUAUUUUUAUAAAUACAUAUUUAUUUUCACGA